AUGGUUCGGCUGGCAGAAGGACCAGGGUCAGUAGGUCCCAUCGCUGGGAGUGCUUCUCGGCGAGAGGCUACUUCUCGCGUAUCAGCUGUCAAAUUUCCGAAAGCAACGGCUACCUGUGUCUGGUAUGUUAAAUUCCGUACGGGUGGCAGAAAGCUGCGCUGCACUACUGUGUCCGCGGGCGAGUUGGGCUUCUUUGUACGAGUCCUCAACAAAGAAUACAACAAGAACAAGGAGAAGAAGGACAAGCAAAAGGAAGAAAAAGAGGUGGAGGAGGAAGACGAAGAUGAGGAUGAGAGAAAAAAAGAAGAAGGAGGAGAAGAGGAAGAGCAGGAGAAGAAGAAGUCUCCGCAAUCAAGCCCCGGACCCAUAUUUACACAUCCACAACAGCAGUAA